UAUGGUCAUUCAGACGCCUACAGUCUGGCGUAAAGAAUCGUCAAAAUAAACAAUUCGCAAAUCGACUAGAUUGAAUUCGUUUAUACGGUUUAGAAGUGUCGAAAUUACCAAAAAGCAUAAAGUACAUAUCAAGUAAAUAACGUUUGCUGAACUAGCUAAAUACUAUAUAACAAUAACAGCAAAGAGAAUUAAGUGUCCUUCCUGGUAGCAGUAUGGAGAAAUCGUAUCUGCAUUUGAUAACCUUUUUGUGCCUCCUCACGCUGAGCGCUUGUGUGACAACUAGUUCACCUGUGGAAUCAGAAGAACGAAAAUUUCCGCACGACUUCCUUUGGGGCGUCGGUUCGUCAUCGUAUCAAAUUGAGGGUGGCUGGAAUGCAUCUGGCAAAGGAGAAUCAAUCUGGGAUCAUCUAACACACGUUCAUCCGGAAAAGAUUCCUAAUAAGGCAAAUGGAGAUAUUUCAACAGACAGUUAUCAUCAGUGGCGUCGCGAUGUGCAAAUGUUACGCGAACUAAAUGUAAAUAUGUAUCGAUUUUCCAUCUCAUGGCCUCGCAUUCUGCCCGGCGGCUAUAUGAAUGACGUAAAUAGUGAAGGUAUUCGUUACUACAACGAUCUGAUUAACGAGCUGCUCCAUUAUAACAUCACACCAAUGGUCACAAUCUAUCACUGGGAGCUGCCGCAACGUCUACAAGAAUUGGGUGGUUGGACCAAUCCCGAAAUUAUACCCGUAUAUAAAGACUAUGCACGUCUGCUGUUCGAGACGUAUGGCGAUCGUGUUAAAAUUUGGACAACGAUCAAUGAACCUUGGCAGAUAUGUGAUUUGGGCUAUGGCCGUGAUUACUUGGCGCCCUCAUAUAAUUAUCCCGGAAUUCCAAUCUAUCUAUGUGCACACAACUUGCUCAAGGCACAUGCCGAAGCGGUACAUAUAUAUCGUGACCAGUAUCAGGAAUUACAGAAAGGCAAAAUCGGUAUUACUGUGUACUCAACAUGGAUGGAACCGAAAACCGAUUCGGAGGACGAUCGAUUAGCGACCGAUCGUGCUUUGCAAUUCUAUAUAGGUUGGUUUGCGCACCCGAUAUUCUCGAAGGAUGGAAAUUAUCCACAAGUCAUGAUCGAUCGUAUUGGCAAUUUGAGCAAAGAGCAAGGAUUCACUCGUUCGCGUUUGCCGGAAUUCACAGCUGAAGAAGUGCGUCGUAUACGCGGAACAGCGGACUUCUUCGGCGUCAAUCAUUACACAUCGCUGCUAGUGACGGAAAACGAUCAAAACAACAGUAUGAAUUACUCAAAACCAUCUUUUGAUGACGAUAAGGGCGUUAUAGAGGAUCAAGAUCCAAACUGGAUAGCAUCGAGUUUGGAUUGGUUGAAGGUCUAUCCUAAAGGCUUAUACAAAUUACUCAUGUGGAUGGUGGAAGAAUAUAAUAAUCCUCCUAUGAUUAUCACUGAAAAUGGUAUAAGCGACAAUGGUGAACUUGAAGAUUAUGCACGCGUUGAUUAUCUGAAUUCUUAUCUAUCUGCGAUUCUGGACGCCAUCGAAGAUGGAGCAAACGUAAAGGGCUAUGCUCAUUGGAGCUUGAUGAACAGCUUUGAAUGGAAAGCUGGCUAUACUGCAAUAUUCGGUCUCUACAACGUCGACUUCAGCCACCCGAAUCGUACGCGUUCACCGAAAAUAUCAGCCAAAGUUUAUGCGCAAAUUUGUAAGACGAACACGAUCGAUUUGAGCUAUCGGCCAACAUUGAACGAAACCCAAAUUACCGCAAUGACACGGCUGCCCGAAGAUGAGGUCGUUGGCGAUGGUACGUUGGGAUUAAUUAGUCAAAGUGUGCAAAGCUUAACAUUACUGCUGUUAUUUGUAAAUUACAUAUUACGAAUUUAAGUUCUUUAAAAUUCUAUGUAAUGUUGUCAAAAGAAGGGUUUGGUAAAUAUAUACAUAUCUAUAAUUAACUCCUUAACACCUCACUAAUGAAUUAUGAUAUUUAAACUAAUUGAAUAUACCCAAUAAAAAUUGUUUAUGAAAGAAUGAUAA